CAACGGAUCCAGAAACUAAAACUAUUGGGUCCAGUAGCCAUAAAUGGAGUAUUUGGAUCCAAUUGAGCCUUUGCCCCAAAACAAGAGCGAAGCUGUCUUGAGUUCUGAAUGUCACUCAACAGUUGGUUCUUUCUUCAACCCCGAUAUUAUCUUUUCGAGAACUUUUAACUUUUGGUUUAUCUUUAUGAAAAUUUAGUCACUCAGCAUAUCGCCACCCGGAGCCUUGGUAGAUGCUGCUUAAUCUCAGCAUAGCUGCGUUUUCUUUGAGGCAGCCAACUGGCCAAAGUUGAGAGCUUUAGUUUCAUGACUAUGUGGAGUGCUCAUAUGGGUGUCUUUAGUUUUGAAAAGAAUGGAAUUUGCACUUCAGUUUCUAGCCAGAAACCAUUUCCUCCAAUUGGGUUCUUGAAUUGUUGGAGACCAGCUUGUGGGGUUGCCUUAUGGUCGAAGAAUUCAAGCAAGAAGAAAUGGAGGUUUGCUUUAAGAGUGGUUGAUUCCGGUGGAGGGAUUCUUGAGAAAGAGCUCGAUUUUAAGCCGUCUUUUGAUGAGUAUUUGAAGACUAUGGAGUCUUUGAGGGAGAAGGAGCAAUCUUUUAAAUCAAAUAGAGGCAAUUCCAGUGAAAAAUCACAUAGAGGCAAGUCAAAGGAUGAUUCGAGGAGAAAAUUUGGGGAGGAAGAAAAGAUGUCCAAGCUUGUCGAACACAAUGAAGUAAGAAUGAAGAGUAAAGAAGCUACUAGAACUAAAAGCAGAAAGGCAUUGCUUGUGAAAGGCGAAGAUGAUGAUUUGAAGGCGGAAGGAAAUGAAUACAAGAAUUUUGAAGGAUCGAAUGAUGUUGUGGAUAAGCCACAAGUUUCACGAAUUAAAAUGGAAGGGAGAAUAACAAAAUUAGCAAACUUACGCAAAUAUGAUUCAAAAUCAAAAAGUGAUGAAGAAGAUGUGAGGUUGAUGAAGUUUGGGGAGUUUUCUGAGGAAGUAAAGAUGUCCAAAAUCGUUAAAUGGAAUGGAGUAAACACGAUGAAUGAAGGAGUAAGAAGAACUAGAAGUAGAAAGGCAUUUCUUGAAGAAGAUGAAGAUGAUGAUUUGAGGAUGGAAAGGGCUGCCUUCAAGAACUUUGAAGAGUCCAAUGAUGUUUUUGAUAAGCCAAGAGCUUCAAAGAUGGAAAUGGAGGAGAGAGUUCAAAGAUUAGCAAAGUCGUUGAAUGGUGCAGACAUUGAUAUGCCUGAGUGGAUGUUUUCUAAGAUGAUGCGGAGUGCAAAAAUUAAAUUUACAGAUUAUUGUAUAUUAAGGGUGAUCCAGGCAUUGGGUAAACUAGGGAACUGGAGGCGGGUACUCCAAGUCAUUGAGUGGCUUCAAAUGCGUGAGCGCUUCAAAUCUUACAGGCUCAGACAUAUUUACACAACUGCACUUGAUGUACUUGGGAAAGCAAGGAGACCUGUGGAAGCUCUUAACAUAUUUCAAUCAAUGCAGCAACAAAUGGCUUCAUAUCCUGACAUAGUCGCUUAUCAUUCCAUUGCUGUCACUCUUGGGCAAGCUGGGCAUAUGAGGGAACUCUUUCAUGUUAUUGACAUCAUGCGAUCUCCUCCCAAGAAGAAAUUCAAGACAGGGCUAAUUGGAAAGUGGGACCCGAGAUUAGAGCCUGAUAUUGUGGUUUACAAUGCGGUCCUAAAUGCAUGUGCUCGGCGGAAACAGUGGGAGGGGGCAUUUUGGGUUUUGCAGCAGUUAAAGCAACAACAUUUACAGCCUUCCCCUACGACUUAUGGACUUGUAAUGGAGGUGAUGUUUGCAUGUGGCAAAUACAACUUGGUUCAUGAGUUUUUCAGGAAAAUUGAGAAAUCUUCUAUGCCAAAUGCUUUGACAUAUAGAGUUCUUGUAAAUACCCUUUGGAAGGAAGGUAAGAUAGAUGAAGCUGUAUGGGCUGUUCAAGGUAUGGAAAAAAGAGGAAUUGUAGGUUCUGCUGCUCUUUAUUAUGACCUUGCUCGCUGUCUUUGUAGUUCUGGAAGGUGCCAGGAAGCACUGAUGCAGAUUGAGAAAAUAUGCAAGGUUGCUAAUAAACCUCUGGUGGUAACUUAUACUGGUUUAAUUCAAGCAUGUCUAGACUCUGGAAAUAUUCAAAAUGGGGCAUACAUCUUCAAUGAAAUGCAGAACUUUUGCUUUCCAAAUCUUGUCACUUGCAACAUCAUGCUAAAAGCUUAUCUGGAUCAUGGAUUAUUUGAUCAAGCGAAAGAUCUCUUCCAGAAGAUGUUAGAAGAUGCAAAUCAAAUCAGCAGUAAAUCUGAUUAUUUGCACCGAGUGACACCUGAUAGUUAUACAUUCAAUAUCAUGUUAGAUACAUGUGUUCAACAGAAGAGGUGGGAUGAGUUUGAGUGUGUCUAUAGAAAGAUGUUGCACCAUGAAUUUCACUUCAGUGCAAAACGUCAUCUCCGCAUGAUACUGGAUGCUGCCAGAGCUGGAAAGGGGGAACUAAUUGAAACAACUUGGGAGCACAUGGCAAGGGCUGAUAGGACCCCUCCUCUGCCUCUGAUCCAAGAAAGAUUUUGCAUGAAGUUGGAGAAAAAUGACUACAUUUCUGCUCUUUCAUGUAUUACCAUCCAUCCUUUGAGUGAGUUACAGGCAUUUUCCAAGUCAGCAUGGUCUAACUUGUUCAAGGACAACGCCUCUCGUUUCCGGAAGGAUGCUAUUGUAGGAUUAGUUGACGAGGUGGAGAACAUUCUUGGCAGAAGUGAUUCACCAAACCCAGUUCUUCCCAACCUACUAACAUCUUGUAAAGAAUUUUUGAGGACUCAUUUGACAUCUGCUGAUGCCAAUCUAACAAAAACUGUUUGUACAGUCGAAUCUACUAAACCUUUCUAAAUCUCCAUGAAAUGUACCUUUUUAUAUAAAA